GUGACUCUCGGCCGCGUUCCGUAUAAGAAAAAAAUACCGCGAACUAGCUCCACUCCUCAGCAUCAAGUUCACUUAUGACAGUAUCGACAUGUUCUAGCAGUAGUCCAACCUGGGUUUCGUCGCGAUUAUUUACUACUGUCGUGUGUGAUUGUCAACUCUCGAACAUCUCUAAUCAGUUCUAGAAGCCAGAUUUUCGAGUUCUAGGCCAUAAUACACAGUCACACUUUCUAUCUAUCUACCCUCUUGGACAUCUAACCUGCGAACAUGGCAACCACGGGAGUAGAGACCAUGGCGACGAAACCCUCACAAACUCCCAUUCGGGAGAAAUCAGCUAUAAUGCAAUCUGUAGAGGAUAUUCUUUAUGGAUCUAUUGCCGGUAUCGUGGGUAAAUAUAUCGAAUAUCCUUUCGACACCGUCAAGGUCAGAUUACAAUCUCAACCUGACCACCUCCCCCUCCGCUAUACCGGGCCGCUCGAUUGCUUUCGACAAUCCUUUAGGGCCGAUGGGUUUCUGGGACUCUAUCGUGGAAUAAGCGCGCCGCUCUUCGGAGCGGCGGCCGAGACAAGCAGCCUUUUCUUCUUUGAGCGCAUAGGCCGGGAGGCGGUUUAUGCAUCUGGAUAUUAUUCGCGAGACCGAAUACUCCCACUUUCGGCGCUGUGGUUUACAGGCGCAUUCGCUGGAGCCUUUACCUCCGUCGUCCUCACCCCCAUCGAACUCGUAAAAUGUAAGAUCCAAGUACCCGCAACUACCGAUGGAUCGACGCCAAAACCUCCGACUGUAACAUCUGUCAUCCGAGAGGUAUAUAAGCACGAAGGCGUAAAGGGUUUCUGGCGCGGACAGCUGGGUACAUUCUUCCGGGAAUCUGGUGGCUGCGCAGCUUGGUUUGGCUCUAAAGAGACGGUAACCAAGAUGUUUUAUCUUCUCAAUGAAAAGAAUGCCAAGUCGCAACUAGAAAAGGAUGCAUUGGCAACAGAAGCCUUGCCAAUAUGGCAGCAAGCCGUAGCUGGCGCCUCUGCUGGCAUGUCGUACAACUUCUUAUUCUUCCCGGCCGAUACCAUCAAAUCUCGCAUGCAGACUUCGCCUGUUGGUGGCUCUGGUCAAAACAGCACUUUUUGGCAAGAAGGCAAGGCUCUAUGGAACCAGCAUGGACUAAAGGGACUAUAUCGUGGAUGUGGGAUCACGGUGUUACGAUCGGCGCCCAGCUCGGCCUUCAUUUUUAUCGUUUUUGACAGCCUAAAACGAUACCUACCGAUGUAGACGGUACUGCUCAUGAUGACCUUUGGAUGAGAUACCAAAAAUGCAUUGAUUUGGGAUAGAGGGGAAUGAAUAUAUUAAGCGAGGUACUGGCGUUCGACAUCUCAUCUGUCUUUGUCAUUUAUACUUGAUUUAUUAUAGAUCUACGGAGUUAUGA